CGCUUUCCAUAUAGUAUACUGCUUUUUAAGUCUGUUUCUUUUCAUAUACAGCAAAAUUUAAACAAGUGAAUAUGCCGCGGUGUAUAUCUGUUGGUUGUACGUCGGGUUACAACUCGAACACGGAAAAAGUCCAUUUUUUUCGUGUUCCCAAAAACGAAACUAGUAUAGAAUUAUGGAAAAAGGCCUUACGUCGAAAAAAUUUUAAGGUUAAACACGGCCAAACUGUUUGUGAGAAACAUUUUACAACGAACGACAUUCUAAAACACCGUGAGAUAUUGGGGCCCGAUGGUUCAAUUCUGGGCAUUAGCUCCUACAAAAUUCCCCGCUUACGAAAAGGGGCAGUGCCAUCAAUAUUUCCUUGGAUUGAAACAGAAUCAUUACGAAAUAUUGAGCAACCUAUCACUGAUGAACGUCAUGAACAACAUGAGGAUGCUCCAUCUCCCGUUGGUGCUUUUUUGAAUAAUGUUGAAGAAAAAUGUUUGGCUGAUCAAUUACAGGGUACUCUGAACAUGCCCCCAGGAUGGAUGAAUCAAAGUAUUCAAUGUGGAGAAACCAUUUUAACUCACUUAUAUCUUCAGAAAUGCAAGAGAGUCAAUACUUUUUUUAAAGUAUCGAAUUUAAAAGAAGUAUUUGUUACAUCCGAUGGUUCACUUCAAAUCAAUGUCGCAGGGCACACUUUGGAUCCUUCGCAAUGUACCUUCAGUUUGAAAAUAUCUACCAGAGAUGAACUUGAAGAUGUUCUGUUGACAAUUAAUAAUCUGAACAUUUGUCAAGGUUUCUCAUUGGCACCUGACGUCCCGUCGACUACUUGCCAUUCAAUUAACAGAGAUGAUGAUGGUUGUUUACGCAGUGUCAAGUGCGCAUUAUUAUUAUCAAACUCUAAAGUUUGUCAGUUUUGCACUGAAACGAGAAACAAAAUCGUAAGAAGAUUGCGGAGAUGCAAAAAGCCCAAAUAUACUCAACGAUUACGAUUAAUUCUGUCACCGAAAAAAAGAAGCCAAAUACAGCACUUACAGUCCAAAUAUAAAUCAGCUGUAAGAGCUAAAAACAGAGCUGUGAGUGUACGGGAGCAGCUAAAAUCGGAUUUGAACGAGUGUAAAAAAAAAACUGAGUGAAAACUGCGAAGACACUCUGCAGAAACAUAUGGAAACCGGUUCUAUUUCAAAAAAUCAAAUGAAUCAAGAAACAAACAAAAAACAACCAGAUGAAGA